GUAGCAGUUUGUGAAGAAAAGCUUUUUAUGCAUGAAGACAUGACUAUUAAUAUUUUCUUUCCUCCAAAAAACAUCGAACCAAAAGACCAGAAUCAAAAAUGGACACAAAUCGUUAUUGUUUUGACAGGGUGCAUUCCAAUUGCUCAAACCGGUGCCCUUCAUGCAUGGCCGUCUCCUUCAAUCUUAAAGCUCAUGUCAAACGAAUCGGACAUUCCUAUGACGUUUGAAGAAACGUCUUAUUUCGCCAUUAUUCAUCCGAUUACAAUAAUGAUUUUCUGUCCACUCAGCGGAUUUCUACUAAACAUAAUUGGACGUAAAAGGCAUAUAAUUCUAGUGUCCGUUCCCCAAUUCACGACCUGGCUCAUGAUAGGAUUCGCGGCGAAUUCGUUAAUGCUUCAUGCAUCCAGAGUAUUGGCAGGAAUCGGAGAUGCCCUAAUAUACAUAUCCCUUCCAGUUUAUAUAGCAGAAAUAACAGAAAAAAGACUGAGAGGAUCUUUAGGUUCUGCUUUCAUGAUCAGUUUCCUUGUGGGACAAAUUACAAUGAACGCGAUCGGAUAUUACUUCACCAUACACACGGCCGCAUUUGUCAUGAGUAGUUUCUCAAUUACUCAUUUGAUAAUUUUCGGGUGGAUGCCGCAAUCUCCUUAUUGGUUAAUAGAGAAAAAUCGGUUAGAAGAAGCUAAACGAGAGCUCCAAAUCCUUCGAUGGAGAUCAAAUGUUGACGAAGAAUUCGAUGAAAUCGAACAAGCUGUAAAGAGACAAAUGGCGGAGAAGAGUUCCUACAAAGACAUAUUCGUCAGUAAGAGUAACAGAAAAGCGUUCUUAAUAGCAACACUGACAAGACUGACGCAGCAAUAUUCCGGUAUAAAAGCAUAUUUUACUUACAUGCAGUACAUCUUUCAAGAAGCUGGCGGUGACAUACCAAGUCACGUCUCAACUAUAUUGUGUACGACACUGACGACAAUUGGAACAUUCAUAGCAUCCAGAUUUAUUGACAAAUUCGGCCGCAAGCCCCUCUUCACGAUCUCAGCUUAUGGAUGCACCAUCACCCUUUUCUGUCAAGCCGUUUACUUGUAUGUCAGUGACUAUGUCGACACAUCCCCAGUAAGUUGGUUCCCGUUGGCGAUUAUGUUAGCUUACAUCGCGUUGUACGCUGUGGGAUGCUGCAUAAUACCCACGUUGCUUCUUAGCGAGUUAUUCUCGGCCAGCAUCAAAUCCAAAGCUGUUCUGCUUCAGAUUAUGAUAUUCGCAUUUGCGUUGAUGACUGCAACCAAAAUAUUUCAAGUACUUGCCGACAAUUUUGGAUUGUUUGUUCCAUUCUUGUUUUUCGCACUUUCGGCAGCUUGCUUCACUAUUGCAGUUUCUUUCAUAUUUAUCGAAACAAAGAACAAAACGUUGGAAGAAAUACAGCAAGAACUUAUGCGAACGACGAGUUGAUUACCUUCGAUUAUGUACCCAUAAUAUUUUUACAUCAUUAAGUCAUAAAUAAACGUUAUUUAAAAAGUAGAAAGUUUGAUCUUCGGUAAAUGCUUGAUGAACUGUGUAGCUUUAUCAAAUGCGCUUCUGCACCAUUUAAAAAAGAUUCAAAAUUGCAGUUUAUAAGCAAAUUAAUGAAUAUAAUAAUGAUCUCAAUAUAGUGCUAGCAAACGAAUUAUUGAUGCAACUGUAAGUUAGAUUGUAGAACAAUUGUAGAAAAUCAAUGUGUCGUGGCAUCUGACGCAUGUUCUGACGGGUCAUUCAAUUUUUGGUGUACCUUAUCAUCAUCUUCGAGUUAUAACCAUUAUGUCUAAUUUCGUCUUCUAAUCGAAAGCAAUAAUUAUUUAAUUUCUGUUAAAUAUCAGCGCAUUGUAAAAUUAAAAUGAAAAAAAAAGUUUUUUUAGCAAGGAUGAGGUUGCGUUUAUCCAGUUUUUGACUAAAAACGGAAAAUUGCAUAAAACUUAUUGAAUUACGUUAGCCGCAAGGCUACGCGGAGAUUAUGGACAAAAGCUCUUUUUGAAAAUAAGUGUUCUAAUAAAAAUGUGUCAAGAAAACUGAUUCAUUUUCUAAAAUAGCGUACAUAAAACACGAUCUAAUAUCGCGUUUAAAAAUUACAACUAAAUACGUACAGAUAUAGUUGAUUAAAUGGCAGUUUAAGAAGGGAAGCACUUUUAUACUUGAAGACAUGACAAUUAAUAUCUUCUUUCCUUCAAAAAACAUCAAACCAAAAGACCAGAAUCAGAAAUGGACACAAGUCGUUGUUAUUACGACAGGUUAGUAAUUAUAAUUUCAUUUUUUGGUUUAAAAUUCGUUAUUAUUUCGGGCCAAUUUAUCUACCAUUCAUAGUAGUUGAAUUAAAUAUAUUUUACAGAUAAGAGAUAAGUAUCUCACUGUUGAAUUUCUUAUUAAAGUAUCACAUUCAGAAAUAAGAUAGACCUACUAAGAUUUAUUUUAUUUUUAGGGUGCAUU